AUGGGGUUCAGAUUCAGUUUCACCUUGUUCCUGAACAUUUCCUUCCUCGUCAUAGUGUUUUGUGUUUCUCUUAUGCCCCACUUCUACUCUUCAGAACCUUCAGAUUAUGUUUUUCUGAAGAGCAACCGGUUUGGCUUGAGGGGGGAUGAAGAAGAUUGCAAAAGUUUUCACAAAUUGAGGGACUCAAAAGCCAAGUGCUUGUACUUGAAAUCCAAUGAUCCAUGUGUUUCUCAGGGUUAUGUUGAUUACCUUUACCUUUUCUAUUGCAAAUUAGGGGGUUCCCCUCUAUUGGGUCACGGUCUUUUGUUUCUUUGGCUUUUGGUUCUGUUCUAUCUGUUGGCCAACACUGCCUCUGAUUACUUUUGUCCUUCUCUUGAGAACUUGUCCAAACUGCUGAGGCUCUCUCCCACAAUUGCUGGGGUGACUCUUCUCUCUCUUGGCAAUGGUGCUUGUGAUGUUUUUUCCACCCUUGUCUCUUUCAAGGGUAGUGGGACCCAGGACAUUGGUUUCAACACUGUGCUUGGAGGUACUUCCUUUGUUUCCUGUGUUGUGGUUGGAAUAGUGAGCAUUUCAAUUAGGCAUAGGGAGAUUCGGAUCAAGAAGUGGGCGUUGGUGAGAGAUGUUUGUUUUCUUCUCUUGGUUCUUCUCUGUUUGUUAAUAAUUUUGAUCACUGGUGAGGUCAGUGUUCCUGGGGCAAUUGGUUUUUGCUUGAUUUAUGUGGUCUAUGUGGUGGUUGUUUAUGUCUCAUCUAACCGAGUGAAGAAAGGUGUGUUUGGAGAUGCUGAUGCUGACUGUGAUCGUGAUUUGAGUCAUGGUGGCGGCAAUGAUUUAGGUGUCCCUUUGCUCAGUGAGAUGGAGAAAGGACUCGCAAAUACAGCUCAGGAAUGUGACAUGAAAAUUGGGAGGAAAUGUUGCUGUUUAAAAUCUUCAAUUUGUAGAAUGUUACUUUUUGCAAUGGAGAUGCCCCUUUACUUGCCAAGGAGAUUGACAAUUCCUGUUAUUUGUGAAGAGCGAUGGUCCAAAGGGUAUGCAGUUUGUUCAGCUAUGCUAGCUCCACUUCUAUUGUCUUUCUUGUGGGUAUCAAGCAAGGAAGACAGCUUCAACUCAAGCCUUAUUGUAUAUGGAAUUGGAUUGUUGGUUGGGAUUACAUUAGGGGUGACAGUAUUUUUCACAACCAAUGUGUCAAGCCCUCCAAGGAAGUACCUGUUUCCUUGGCUUGCAGGAGGAUUUGUGAUGAGUGUGACUUGGAGCUACAUUUCAGCUCAAGAAUUGGUGGGGUUGUUGGUUUCACUUGGUUACAUAUGUGGAGUUAGUCCUUCAAUUCUGGGGCUAACAGUUCUUGCCUGGGGGAAUUCACUUGGGGAUUUAGUGACAAAUUUGACAUUGGCUUUGUAUGGUGGAGCACAAGGUACUCAAAUAGCAAUAUCAGGAUGUUAUGCUGGCCCUAUCUUCAAUAUAGUGGUUGGAUUGGGCUUAUCUCUUGUGAGCACUACUUUUUCUCAGUACCCAGCUGUUGUUGUUUUCCCUAGAGAUCCAUAUCUUUGGGAGACAUUAGCACUUUUGGCAGUUGGAUUGGUUUGGGCUCUUGUUGUGUUGAUUAGAAGAGACAUGAAACUUGAUGCACUGUUGGGAGGAGGGCUUCUGGUUAUUUACUUCAUUUCUCUGUUUCUGAGGCUGAUUCAGUCACUUGGGUCUCUCCAAUUUCAGGAUGUGUUAAACUCACUCUUCAUAAGAUGA